CGCUCACCACGACCCAUUUCAUUGUGCCAUUCACCAUUCGCUCUCUAUACUCUGCAUGGCGCAAGCAGGCGAUUCGACCACGCUUGUUGCGACCCAAAUAAUACAGCUUUCUACCGGAUGAGUGCCCUCCCCUCGAGGGCACCGUCGAACGCCCGCAAUGCCUCUUCCUACGCCGACUUUGAGCUUUACCAUCCCCUCCAUCCACGACGAUAUAGUCCUUCAGUGUCGCGUCUAUCACCCGACAUGCCUUGCACCAACCUCAAUUUUGCAGAUCACAACAUGGAACAAGAAGGCCGCAAUUGUCGCUCAUCCUUAUGCGGUGCUCGGGGGCUGUUAUGAUGAUCCAGUCGUGGAUCUUGUUUCCUCGACGAUUCUUGAACAAGGCUUUCUUGUCGGGACCUUCAACUUCAGAGGAGCAGGUGCUUCGAAGGGCCGAACUUCAUACCAGUCGAAGCCUGAGCAGAGUGACUAUUUGUCCUUUGUCGGUUUCAUGAUUUAUUACAUGCAUCUCUUAUCCCCUCCACCAGUUCCGACAGACCUACUCAAGUUUACCCGUUUCGAUUCCGAACUCCACGACUUAACUCCCGUUCCAUCGCAAGCCCUACCUCCUCCCCGCCUUAGCGAUCCUCGAUAUGUAACAGCGGCUGUUCCUAACCCUCACCCUGCAGUACCUGCUCCUGCCAUUGCCGUCCGGGGAAAUACGGUUGAGGUGCCGAAUACUGGGCCUUGUCUACUGCUGGCUGGAUACUCGUACGGUGCUCUUAUAACAACCUACCUGCCGCCAAUAAUCAGUUCUAUUAUUGCCCAGUUUCAGAGCCCCGCUGAAGGUUCAGCCCAUUCUGAGAUCCGUCUCCGUGCUGAGUGCCUCGCGGCCCAGCAGAACGAGGUGAUGCAGACGCAAAUAACGUCGCUUCUCAAUGCACAUUCGCAUAAACGCGGCCGAAGUCUACACGCGGAUGACCUUCUUCACAGUCCAAAACUAAGAAAAUCGAGUGGUGGAGUUCGCAUGGGUGGGGAGGAGAAUCUACGGAGAGCGAGCCAUGACUCGUAUCGCUCCAGAAGCUCGUUCACCAUAGAAACUCCUGAAAUGGUGCGCAGAAGUGUGGACAGGGUUCGGUCAAUAGGCAAAACGAAGCGGUUUUUACCCAAACGACAGAACAGUGCUUCGUCUCCUAAGGCAAAUGGAUCACAAUCUUCAUUCGAGCAUGUCUCGCCCGAAGACGGGUCAAGUAAGAUGGACACCGUUGUAUGUAAGGAGGUUCCAGGCAUCGGCUCCGGACUUCAAACGGCGUAUUUGUUGAUCUCGCCUUUACAAGGAUUGGUCAGUCACCUCUUAACCUUGUGGAGUUCGAGAUCUUGGAAAGACCAAAUACCAGAUCACGAGAUGAAGCUCACAGUGGAUCCAUCGCUCGUUGUAUUUGGUGACGACGAUUUGUUUGUCGGUGCCAAGAGACUUCGAUCCUGGGUUGGCAAGUUAAGUGCGGCUUCCAAAGGGAGCGGGCGAUUUCGACACGCUGAAGUCUCUGGGGCCGGGCACUUCUGGCAGGACUUUGAAGCCGUAAAACUUCUGCAAGAAGAAGUGCAAGCAUUCGUCAAAACUCUUUAACUGGGUUAGAUGUAUAAUAACGUUGCUGGUAUAGAGGAUCGAGGCAUAAUUUUGACAACACGGAGAAAACCGAAACAUUGAAAUGAUUACUGCCCGUUCUCUCGGCAUAUUACUGUUCAGCGGCUUUGGGCUCUUUUGAAGUCCAAGAAUCCGGUGCCUGAAGUCACUCGAAGUGCAGCAACAGGUCGCCCGUAAGAUAUCCAAAGACGUUGGGUUUUUGAUCAAAUCGAAAGCUCUUCCUUUCGCAAUUUGAAGCUGUAAGAUAUCCGGUAAAGGCUAUUGUAUUUCUUACCC